AUGGCCGCGAGAAUACUAGACAUACUUCCGGCUGAGACUCUCAUCAGCAUCGCGGGGCAUCUCGACGGCAUUGCCGGACCGGAUUUGUCCUCCUUUUCCCUCACCAACAAAGCCUUUCAUACCGCCGCCGCUUGCUUCUUGUUCCGCGACAUCCACAUCCUCGUCAAGCAUCCUCGGAGACUACAGCGCGAUGUCGAUUCCUGGCUCGCAAUUCUGGGACGCACAAACUCCGCCAGGCAUGUCAGGCGCCUGAAGAUGACCUUCCUGGACAAGUCGCUCCCUCACAGUGAUCUCUACUCGCCUGAUCGACACAUGAUACUACCGGUUCCAAAGGAAACCUCGUUCGAUUUCAAGCAUAGGUCGCCCGAGAACCGACGCCUCCGCGAUGCCUUUGUCGAUCCCGAAGCCUGGACUCCCAUGAUCAGACUGCUCGAAGCCCUGCCCGGACUGACCAACAUGGUCAUUGAACAUGAGAGCAGCUUUUCGCCUCUUCUCCUCGAAACCAUCCGCACGCAUCACCCAAGUUGUCGGCUAGAACUCAAUGGUUUCGAUCUUCACUGCAGCGAAGGCGCUGCGAUCAAUGCGCAUGAUGUUGCACUUCUACUUGCACCCCAAUUGCAUAGCAUCUCUAUAAAAGAGUAUUACCAGACGUCCAUUGCACAUACAAACGAAUCGGUCAUGCUACGUCUCAUCGGAGGCCUAUCACCGAAUCUCAAGACAGUAAAGCUGGAACCAUUCUUCGGAGGCAGACAUAAGCGAAAAUACGACGCAGAUUUCGAGAAUGAGUUGCAAGCGUUGAUCGCGCAAAUACUCAACCACAGUCUCAUACCUGGAAAGGAUCUGUCAAGGAUUUCGAAGUCACCAGAGCUCGGUUCACUGCGUUCUCUGACACUACAGAAAACCAAUCCCGAUAGGCUCAUGGCGUGGUUCAGGGCAACGGACUUCGCGGCACUGCGUCAUCUGAGAUUGACCGCAAGUCCUGGAGAGUUACCAUGGCUUACAACGCAUGCCAGAUUCCACAAACUUGAAAGUCUAGAGUUAAACUACAAUGAAGUUGUCGUUGACCCCCGACCUGCUUGGGAGGGGGUCGCGAACCGUGGAGACGUCGCUGUUGAGUUCCUAGCCAUCAUGCCAGCCUUAACAUCCCUCUCGCUCGAGGGCAGAGUACCUUCACCAGCCGUCCAGUUUGCGUUGUCCAAAUUUGGAGGAUGCCUGCGCAAACUAAGCAUUCGACCCUCCUACGGCUCUCAUUCCAUGCAGGAGUAUCCCAGAAUCGCGCCGCAGGACUUAUGCGUGCUAUCUAAGACAUGCAUGUGGGUGCAGGAUCUGACGGUCACGAUCACUGUACCUACGUUCCAAACGAGCUCACCAGAGAUGAUAGAGGCAAUGCGGGCUGGAGAUGGCGGGUGCAGACGAAGAGCUCGUGCGUAUCAGAGAAAACUCGAAAUGACGAUAGAGGCAGAUGCGGCGGGGGUGACACCCGCGGAGGUUGCCAAGUCGGUCUGGGAGACAAUAUGUGGACAAGGCUGCCGCUUGGAGUUACUUCAGCUUGACACUAUAGGUGACUGGGGUGGCACACGCAAGUCUGACCGUGUUCAUCAGAUUCGUAGAGUCGGAGCCAUGGGUGAAGGUUUGGUGGAGACCGCCUUAUUCCGAGAGAACGGGAAACUAUUCUGGAGAGACUGA